GUCAUUUGUUUGCAGGGAGACGAACAACGCCCGCUGAUUGGCUUAUCCACAAAGGACUGACGUCACAACUAAGCCACUGGUUCCGCCCACCUGGAGUGACGUCACAACUAAGGCAUUAGCUCCGCCCACCUGGAGUGACAUCACAACUAGGGCAUUAGCUCCGCCCACCUGGGGUGACGUCACAACUAAGGCAUUAGCUCCGCCCACCUGGAGUGACGUCACAACUAAGGCAUUAGCUCCGCCCACCUGGAGUGACGUCACAACUAAGGCAUUAGCUCCGCCCACCUGGAGUGACGUCACAACUAAGGCAUUAGCUCCGCCCACCUGGAGUGACGUCACAUCUAAGGCAUUAGCUCCGCCCAGCUGGAGACUAUUUAAAACCUAGCAACUGGCUCCUCCCACUUACAGUGACGUCACAACUAAGCCGCUUGCUCCGCCCACCUGGAGUAUGGUCAACUCUACCCUCCACGCACAGUAUAGUUGAGACCCGCUAUAACCACUCCCCACACUAGCACCCACACAAGCAGUUAACGCCCUUCACAAUAUCAUGUUCAACGACCCACUAAAAGAUUCGCGUCCGGCGCGCUAGAGAUGACUUUAUGGCGGUACUCGGCAUCCCCUCAGACUGUGAGUGACGUCACGCGGUCUAGCCCCGCCCACCAUGUCAUUCGUAAGCAAUUGCUAAUAUAUAUUCAACAGUUCUCUGCAAGAGAAAAUCCUUUGCACUAUAAAGCAUUUUUUAUACACAUAAUGCAAAAAUUAGUUGCAUUAUACAGUAUUUCAUAAUACAUAAUAGACUUUCAUCAAAAUAUACGAAAGAGUCCGUUUCGAAUGUGUAGUUGACGGCCAUAUUAACCGACUGUGAUUUAAAUAUAAAUCAAACUAUGUAUAUAGUCAGAGGGAUACUUCUCAGUGUAUAUUCUCUGCUAGUUUAUACAGUAAUACUGAACUUUGCUCCAGAAUGCUGGCUCCCAGGAAUCUUGACUUCCUAAAUCCUCUCUCAGGAAAAAGGCUUCCAUAAGCCUAGCGCCUGAACACCCAGUAAAUCCCUUGCUACAAGAAACAUUGUGAUAUAUAUAUAUUGCGUUGCGGUUAAGGAGACUGUAGUGUUAUGUGCGCUGCACUAGCUACAGGAAACAUUUAUUGUUGGUUUUCAAAAACACUGUUGAUCAAUUCCCCGGAAAUAUAUUGCUCAAGAACGGAUAGGUCAACAGGAAACAACUGAGGUACGAGAGCGUAUAGGUCCUAGCCAGGCUAGGCUCCGUCCCUAGCUGUAAUAUCUCAGCUCCUAGCCACGCUAGGCUCCGUCCCUAGUUACACUAUCUCAUCGAGCCACGGUAUUCAAGACAUUCAAACCUAGCCCCUAGUCACACUAUUACCCUAGCAAUAUCCUUAGUCAGGAUUCUAGUAUUUUUUUCCUGUCAGAUUAUCCAAGUCACUACUUUUGUGCGACAACUUAACUAUUUAUAGCUAGCGGCAUCUACCUUGCGACAUCUUAACUAGCUGGCGGCAUCUAACUUGGGACCCAAUUACCCGAGUCGUUAAGCAUGGCAUGCUAGGUCCUAGUCAUGCUAUAGCAAUCUCCUAGCAAUGCAAUUUAUGUGUUUUGUACAUGGAAGCGGUGGCCUAGCCCCCUAGCAAGACUCUCCCAGUCCCCAGUAAUCCUUACGAACUACCCUAGCACCUGACGAUGCUAACAAAACACCUAGCGACCCCUAGCACCUAAGGAAUUAUCCUAGGAUCUAAUGGUGUUGUCAUACUCCCUAAGAGACAAUUUCAUAGUAACGCUAUCCUAGUAUCGCUCUCCUAGCCCUGAGCGACGUCAGCCUAACCCCUAGCGGCGCCAGCCUAGCCCCUAGCGACGCAAGCCUAGCCUCUAGCGACGCCAAACUAGCCACUAGCGACGCAAGCCUAGCCUCUAGCGACGCCAGCCUAGCCCCUAGCGACGCCAGCCUAGCCUCUAGCGACGCCAGCCUAGCCCCUAACGACGCAAACCAAGCCUCUAGCGACGCAAACCUAGCCCCUAGCGGCGCAAGCCUAGCCUCUAGCGACGCCAGCCUAGCCCCUAGCGGCCCCAGGACCCCAGCAAGAUGAUGAGUUACAAGCAGUGGCUGGUGCUGCUGGGGAUGUACGUGGCCUUCAUGCUGAUGGGCGCCGUCGGGUUCCUCUACCUGGAGGAAGGCAAGGAACUGGAAGAGAUGAAGAACCUCCUGGACCUCAAGCAAAAAGUUAUUAGAGUGGUGUCCGAGCUGCACAACGGGUCGCGCGGGCCGGUGGAGGACAUGAUGAAGGCGGUGAGUGAGAAGUGUGACCAUGACUUCCUCCAGGAGAUCCAGGACCGACCCCUCACUUGGAGCCUCUGGAACUCCUUCUUCUUCACCUUCACCGUCAUCACCACCAUCGGAUACGGGCACAUGUACCCUGCCACGUCCGGGGGGCGGAUCUUCUGUAUCGUGUACGCCUUCGUCGGCGUCCCCUUCAACGGCAUCCUCGUCGCCUCCCUCGCCGACCUCUUCUCCUCCAAGGUGGUGAACCUGCAGGUGAGGAAGUACGCGAAGCGGUACCAGUCGUGGGUGAAGGUGGCGGCGGACACGCUGCUGUACAUGGUGCCCGGGAUGGUGGUGUUCCUCAUCGUGCCGGCCGCCGUCCUCACGCAGGUCGAGGAGGACUGGAGCUACCUCGACGCCUUCUACUUCGCCUUCAUCACCCUCACCACCAUAGGCUUCGGGGACCACGUGGCAGGCAUGCAGGAGAAGGCGCAGGUGUGGCUGUGGUUGUAUAAGAUAGUGAUGGUUGUAUGGAUCUUCUUCGGUCUGGGCUACAUCAUCAUGAUCAUCACUUUCAUCCAGAAGGCUCUUCAGUCCAAGCAGGUUCACAACGUGGAGAGGAAGUUGGCGUCAGCGCUCAAGCGGAGGACCAACAGACUCAACGCUAAUGUCCAUCGAGACCUCAAGCGUCUGAGGAUGGCGGUGAUCGCACUUGGGGUGACGAGAGUCCAGCCGUUGUACAUAGACGGGGAUGUGGAGGAGGAGGGGCAGACGGUGAUGGUGAGGGAGAUUAAGAGGCGAGCCUCAAGCAAGCAGUCCUUCAGGACCUCCAUCAGCGGCUCGCCGCCUUCCACGCCCAUCUCCAGGAGCCACAGCAUGAGCCACACCCACACGCUCACACGCUCCAUCUCUGAGUCCCAGCUAAACGACGUGUGUAAGGCUCGUGUGGAGGAGUUGGAGUCUCUCAGCAACAUCAACAUGCUGCUGGACAUGGUGGAGACCAUGGUGCAGGAGCGUAACGCCAUGGCCGCUGAGGACAUGCAGCACGAGUUUCGACAAAUCGUGGAGGCCGAGGAUGUGCCCCCAGUUGACGAUGAUUCCUUCGGCGAGUCUGACGAGACGUACGCCGUCCAUGAGCUGCCUCUAGCGCUCGAGACGGGAUUCCUCAACCAGGCGUUCAUCGACGACGAGGGCAGAGUCGUCGACAAACGCCGCUCCCUGGAGGACACCCGGCGGGACGCAAAUACCUCCCUGCAUGGCAGACUGCAGAAGAAAUUGCAGUUGUUGCUGCAUGGGAGGUACCCACGGAAGACGUCCCUUCCGGAGUGUGCUCAGAGUUCCGUUUCAUAUAAGUCCCCCUGGAGGAUACGUCCCGAAGGUGACUGCGAGGCGUGGGGGCUCGACACUCCUCACAACACCACAAACACCAACUGUAUGGAAAUUAUGCGGCCUUUGAGUCACUCAGUUCCUGGACGCAUCAAGACCCACGCGGAAGAAGCUCGUCCGCACCUAAGCUCCGUGUUUACGCAUCGGGAAGCCGGCCAGAACGGGACGUGCAAGUCACAAGAACACACCCUCACCAAUGGUGUCCAAAAUUUAAACAAGGUGCUUAGCAGUCAGAGUAUGUCUGAAGGUUUCAGUGAGCCACAGCCCACGCCUCCGGGAGAGUACCAGUCCCCCAUGAACAUCUUCACUCAGUGGAUGCUACAGAGUGAGGGCCGGAGAGACCCGGGCCAGGCGAGGCAUCACCACCAUAACAACACGAACCACCACAAGGAAAAAGAUGAGACGGUAAAGAAUGAACACACUCGCUUGUGACGGUAGCCUACCAGGCAGCUGUUAGCUGGCUCAUGCCAACAGGCAGCUGGGUCAUGCCAACAGGCAGCUGGCUCAUGCCACCAGGCAGCUGGGUCAUGCCAACAGGCAGCUGGAUCAUGCCAACGAAGACCACAUCAACCACAAUUUGCUCAAUGGGUCUUCAACUUCAAGCCAUCACUUCCAAUUUUAAAAAGAAAGCAUUUUUUUUUAUUUUUCCCUCUUGAUGUGUUUUGAAACCUAAUUUGAAACUACUUCUUAUGUAUGACAAAUAUAUAGUAUUAUAUACAUAUAUAAUAUAUUUUAAUAUAAUAUAUUAAAAGUAUAAAAUAUAUACGACAGCAAAAACUCUUAUAGAUCUUAAAACCCAGUUAAGGAAUUGUAAAGUGUUGAGAAAGCGUGUGAUGGAGCUCAAAUGUGUCACUUUAAGAAAGAUGGCGCUGUUGAAGAAUUUGUGAUCUGGGACUUUAUGGAAGAGGCUUGACCCAAGACUGUAGUGUACAGUAUCAUAAUUCUGCACAUUCCGGACAGUGUAUUAAAAUAUGUACAGUGUAUAAAAUAAAUAUAUGUACCUGAUGAGCACACACUGUGCCAAAUUAUGUAUACAUAUGUGAUGAAUAAUGUGAAAAUAUAGGACCUAGAAAGCAAGUGAAACAUAAACUAUUUGAGAUGUGUUGAAAUAUUCCAAAAAGCAUUAAAGCGCUUCAUGUUUCAUUCCCCGUCGUGAUAUAUAUAUAUAUAUAUAUAUAUAUAUAUAUAUAUAUAUAUAUAUAUAUAUAUAUAUAUAUAUAUAUAUAUAUAUACACAUUAUUGAAUUUGUCUAAAGAUUUAUGGAGAAGUAAUAAACAUUUUUGGACAAUUGAUGUGUCAUAUAAACGGGUUAAUGUGUCAUUCUAAAAUUAUUGGGACCAAAAAAACAAUUGUAUCCAAUUAAACCAAUUUAGGGACCAUAACAAAUUCGUUUUGAAGACUAAAUAAUUAAUUUUCACUUAUAAUUUAGGAACCAAAUUACAAAGCUUAUCAAUAUUUUACUUUAUCCUGAGAGUAACAGUUAUCGUGUCUGUGAUCGAUGUGAGGUCCUAACAAUCUAUUUUCUGAGCCACUGAUAAAGAUGAAGGUAUUCAGUUACCUUCGACAAUAAGUUGUUAAUUACCUGUAACUAUAGAUUAUAAGGAAUAUGUUCUCGCAAGAGAGUAAUAGGAAUCUAGGAGUCUGGAACAGUUCUUGUGAAGAGUUUCAUGUAUAAUGUAAAGGUUUCAAAACCCUUUUAAUGGUCUGAUAUGAAACUUGGUUCUUUGGCGUUUCACUCGAUUUAAAGUUUCUGUGAUCCAAUGGAGAAUUUGUCUUGGACAAAGCCAUCACUUUUAGAAAGGUUAUAGGAUCUGAAUGCCUUAAAUUUUUUAUUUAUCAGUCAGACUGAUAAAAUGAAAAGUAUCUGUGUGUAUCUAUAAAUUUGUCAUUCCUAUGGAUAUGUCACUAAGUAUAUGUGUAGGCGUAUAGGUUAAUAGUCACGACUUAUAUCCGUCCAAAGACCAUAGUUCAAUCCCAUUCCAUUGCCUCUGGAGACCCCAAGGAUGUGAGUCCGAUCUCAUUCCAUUGCUUCAUUAAUUUCUAACAGAAACGUCACAUAGUAAUUUCACUGUGCAUUUGCUGUAGUGUGAGGUUGUAGACUCCACCUCACACCACUUGGUGGCGUGUGAGGCGGGAACCUGAGGCGCACCUGGCAUGUUGGAGGUGCUGUUAUAUGCGGUGAUAAUAUUUUCUAACACAGGAACAGUGUAUAAUUUGGCAAUAUUAGGCGCCUCCAGGCAUAUUUGAGUGCCUCCAGGCAUAUUUAAGAGGCUCUAGGCAUAUUUUAGGCACAACAGUCAUCUGGGUAAUAAUGUAAACUAUAAAAUACAACAAGCGCGAGCCGCUGUGUACAUGGUGUGCUGUGAAGCCUAGUGAGGUGUGGUGUGUAGCCUAUGUGAAACUUAGCGAGGUGUAAUGUGAAGCCUAGCGGGGUGUGCUAUGAAGCCUAGCGAGGACGACCCCAUACACACCCAGCAUUAUACGCAGCUCUCAAUACAACAAUACAUCUCGGGGUUUGUCUUGGCGAUACAAAACCAGUGAUUAUAAUAUAUAAGGUGAAUAUAAUAGAGAAUAGAAGGUGAAUAUAAUAUAAUAUACUGAGCGAGUGAAUAUAAUAGAUUAGACGGUUUAGUGCCAUUUUUAUGAAUAAAUAUUUAACUGUUUUAUCAAUACUGUAUUGUGGAAUGCUGUUAGACCAGAAACUCGUUAGAAUAUAUGGUAGAUUAGUCAAAUUUAGAAAGAUAAUACUGGACAGGUUAGAAAUAAAAUAUUUUGGCGUUAGAGUAUUGAUAAUUACUUGGGUAUAUGUGCUACACGGCCUUCCCGGUUUGGUGCCUUAUUUUGAUAAUUAUUUACUUACUUGGGUAUAUAAAUAGGACCUUUUUUUUUGAAGGGAUAUUCCUGCGCGGGGCCUAAGCCUCUGGCUGGCCCCCUGUGCGGGCCCUAAGCCUCUGGCUGGCCCCCUGGGCGGGCCCUAAGCCUCUGGCUGGCCCACUGUGCGGGUCCU